GCCUCCGCUGCCCGAAUCGUCGCCCGAUGCAGCACCGGCCACCCCCCAAGAAGCACUGCUUGCAAAUCGCAAUUCGCAAACUGCAGUUCGCAAUUCGCAGCGCCGGACGAUAUAAACCGCACUCUGGCCGUCUCCUGCCGCUCUCCCCAGCCAUCUCUUCCCUGCAGCCAUGUCCCAGGAUAAGAAAAUCAAGAUUGGUGUCCUCGCUCUUCAGGGUGCCUUUGUCGAGCACAUCCACGUCCUCAAGCGGCUGCCCCAGGUCUCGGACGCCGUCCCUAUCCGAACCCCGGAGGAAUUCCAGGGUUCGCAGAUCGAUGCCCUUGUCAUUCCCGGCGGCGAGUCGACCUCCAUUGCGCUGGUUGCCGAGCGGUCUGGACUGCUGGAUCACCUCCGAAACUGGGUCAAAUCCGGCAAGCCAACAUGGGGCACCUGCGCUGGCAUGAUCCUGCUCUCCAACCACGCCACCCAUACCAAGCUCGGCGGCCAGAAGCUGAUCGGCGGCCUCGAUGUCGUCGUCCAGCGCAAUGCGUUUGGCGCCCAGGUCGAUUCGUUCAGCGCACCUUUGACCAUCGACGGUGUCGCUGGCGAGCCCUUUCCGGCAGUGUUUAUCCGGGCCCCGAUCAUCGAAAGCGUGGGCUCGGACGUCGAGGUCAUUGCUCGCCUCGAUGCCAGCCGUGAUGAGCGCAUUGUUGCUGUCAAGCAAGGCCAUCUGCUCGCUACCGCAUUCCAUCCCGAACUCACCAGCGACGACCGCUUCCAUCGUCUCUUUGUCGAGCACGCUCUGGCACACCUGUCGUCUUGAGACCGGCUCCCACAAUACACUCAAGCCCUAUGCACCAUGACCACUCACUCACACCCAUGGCUCCAAGUCCAAGCUCCGCCCAACCAAAUCACGACGUCGUCAGUGGCAACGGAGCACUGUCGCUGAUGGUCGUCCCACGGCUCGGGCGGUGAUUCCAUCUUGUUUUCACUCUGGACGGCAAUAUCUACAAAUACAUAACGAUGAGAAAAC